UUUUACAAAACCGAUAUAUGUACACGUAUAUUGGUCAUGGUUUAUACGUAGUACUGUUUCACUGCAUGUUUAAUAUACCAUGAAAUAAUACAAUACUGCUGAAAUGUUAUCUUCUGAACUUUCAAAUGCCUCCAUUUGCAUUCCAUUCCGUCGAAACAAUGUGCAUAAUAGGUGCUAUUUUGUGAUUAACGUUAAAAACACAGAUAACAUUUUAAAUUAUCAAAGGUCAUAAAUUUGCUAAAGUUUUGUAACAAGUGAAUUUUAUCAAAAAAUAUUAACAAAUACUAUUUGAAUUAAAACUUUGUUUAGGAAUUGAAUGACAGUGUAUUACGUUUCACAUUCUGCUAUAACAGUUAUCGAAACUUCUUAAUAAUAAGACAAGUAUCCUUUCAAUGAUUUAAGUAUCGCAUAAUUAAUAAUGUUAAUCAGCGAUGCAUAGACCGGGAGCUUCGAAAGAUUAGAAUGUUCCAUGACAGUGUUUCUCAAACAACGAACUGCUACGAACCUUUUCAGACAUGAAAGUUUUGUUAUGAAAACGUUGAAUACUCAUGGACCCCAUGGACAGUUUGAGAAACGCUGUUCUAUGAGAUCGCAAUGUACUUUAAGGAAGGUGGCGUUUCACGCGACACAGGUAUAUCGAUUGUGUGUGUGGGGUGGCCGGCAUGAGUGAAGGCCGACGAAUGGGACACAAUUUUCGUAACGGCUCUUUGCGAAACUGAAAACUGUCCGGUUUGACUGAACGAUGAGAAUGAACGUGAGAUGAUGCCAGGCACGUCUCGCCAACUGGGAACUUCGAACGGUGUGAACAAAUAGAAUUGUUUACAUGGUAAAGAGAUUUAAGCAAAAUACAAUUUUGCCUCUGCAAUUAGGCCCCGAGUGGGACACAUUGAUGGAGGUUCAUCAUGAACCGAUUGAGAAAAAUUUUAAGUUGCUGGAAGAAAUUGGCAAAGGACAAUUUGCAAUAGUACGAAAAUGUAUGGACAUAAAGACUGGAGAGUUAUACGCUGCCAAAAUUAUGAGAAAAAGACGAGUUGCCAGAGGUGUUGCAGCUGCAGACAUUGCUCGAGAAGCUGGUUUAUUAGCACGUCUAAGGCAUCCAAAUAUUGUUUCGCUGCACAAAGUUGUAGACACAGGCACAACUGUUGUUUUACUUUUAGAAUUAAUUUCUGGAGGAGAACUAUUUCACUGGGUACCAUCUGGUGAAUUAGAGGCUGCUCAUGUGGUCCGUCAAGUUUUAAUGGCACUUAGUCAUUUACAUUCUCAUCAAGUUGCUCAUUUAGAUAUCAAACCUGAAAAUAUCCUUUUAUCAACUCCACCGCCAAUGCCAAACAUAAAGUUAAUAGAUCUAGGUCUUUCACACCGAUUAGUACCAGGGUCAGAACACAGAGCAUUGUUUGGUACACCUGAAUUUGUUGCUCCUGAAAUUGUGAAUUACGAACCACUCAGUUUGGGAACUGAUCUUUGGGCAGUUGGUGUAUUGACGUAUAUACUUUUAAGUGGUGCAUCACCAUUCCUAGGUGAAGAUAAACAAGAAACUUAUGCGAACGUAGCUGCUUGUCAAUAUCAAUUUGACAACGAGUAUUUCAGUACUGUAUCAGAAAUUGCCAAAGAUUUCAUAAGAUCCUUGUUGAUCAAGGAUCCAAAAGAAAGAGGAACUGCAGAAUCGUGCCUUAAACAUCCUUGGAUCCUCACGGAAUCGGAAGCUUCUCAAGGUCUUGGUGGAGCCAUGAUUAGCGCUGUCAAACGUGGCUGUGUGGAGGCUGUGUCUCAGUUAUUGCUACAAGGAGCACCAUUGAACGUGAAAGAUUCUAAAGAAGAUACACUUUUACACAUAGCGUGCGAGGCUGGAGAUGAGGGAAUGGUAACUUUUUUGAUAGAGAAUGGAAUAGAUCUGGAUACACCUAAUAAGAAUGGCUUAACACCACUUCACGUGGCUGCUAGGCAUGGUUUCAUUAACCUUGUUAGACAUUUGUGCCUUGCUGGAUGUGAUGUUGACAAAGCAAAUCGUGGAAUUAGAGCGGAUGUGACAGCAAUUAAGUACGGAUAUCCGGAUAUUGCGUCGUUAUUGGAUAAGCUCCGAAACCCCAUUCAACGUGAAAAUUACAUUAAACAGUUGCAACCAACACAUAGACCAAUAGAUCGUCUACAUAUUAGACUGUUAGGACAUUGCGCGUCAGGAAAAUCGUCUUUAAUAAAUUCUUUAAAAUCUGGUAUUUUUAGUUUUGGCUUUUUUAGAAGGUCAAGAAGUCAGAAUUAUACUGCAAAGAGGGAACCAAGUAUCGAAUUAGAUGUAACUAGCAAGCAUGGUUCGCUUAGUUUUGAAUAUAGCGAUAAUGAAUAUGAAGGUACGCAAGGAGUAGAAUGGAGUCGCGGUAACGUAGGUGGAGAAUGUGUAUUUUGGGAAUUAUGUGGACGCGAGGAGUUUCUAGCAUCAUAUCAUUAUGUUCUUACUUUUCAACAACCUGCAGUUCACCUUAUAACAGUCAGUCUCAGAGAACCACUUACUGUACAACUUCAGCAAGUGAAAUUUUGGCUGCGAUUUAUUUCAGAUCGUAUUGCAUCAAUCAAUUUUGGUUUUGGUGGCAAAUACAGUGAUGUAAAAGUAAUCUUAGUUGGGACAUAUGCACCAGAACCUCUUGCCUCAAAUUCCAAUUCUGGUAGCCUUCUUGCACCACUUUUACCUUUCUUAAAAGAGUUCACAUCAAUUUUGGGAGAUGAACCUCAAAUGGUCGCAGUGGAUGCAACUAAUUCUUCUAGUCCCGGUCUGAAACUUCUAAGAUCAUAUUUGAAUAAUGCAAGGAUGGACUUUCUAGAGGAAGGACCGGAAGUUGCAGAAAGUAUUCUCCGACGCGACACGCCGCGGGCUGCGGCCACGUACGUGCCCUUGGCGAAUCUUGAUAAACAGAGUGCACUAGUUUGGACUGGUCUUGCCGAAUCUUGGAGAACAUAUGUGCAAACUUUAGAGGUACCUCCAGUAAUGCUCACGCAGGAGGAAUUUUUGAAGGAAGUGAGAAAAAUUAAUCCAUUAGUCUGUUUAGAACAUUGUAGACAUCUUGGAUUGCAAUUACAGAAUUUAGGAGAAUGCAUGUUACUUCCUGGGAAUUUAGUAGUUCUAAGUCUAGAAUGGUUUUGGCAAGAUGUUGUAAAUUGGCAGUUAAGCUCAGAACAAAGAGGACGCCUUGGUGGACGUACUACGGGAGUUUAUGCUUUAGAAGAUUUUCAGGCUCGUUGUCCUUGCCCCGCAGGUCAAGCUUUACAAGCUUUGCAAGCCGUAAAUUUAUGUGUUCCAUGUGAAGUCGAUGACGACGAAGUGGAAUAUGAAAUACCCUGCUUGAACUUUGUCGAGCGUUUACCGGGAUUAUGGGAACCAUGGAAGCCGUGUUCCAAUGUCUUACCUCAUACAGGUCUUCGUCUUGCCCCAGCUGAAGCUCCUUUAUAUCAUUUGAUCGCAAUAUUUCCACAUUUGCAAGCACAGUUGAGAAAAAUUACGCAAACGUGGGAUCCAUCGAAUUCAGAUUUAUACCAAUGGUGGCGAGGAUCAAAAUUAUGCAUCGGACCUUGCGAAAGUAUAAUAACUUUUGAAGAAGAAGACCAGGGUUGUAUAGAGAUACGAGUACGAGGACCACGAGGUACAAGUGCUCAGUGUUUUGCACUUUUGAGCAUUAUUUUCGACGCUAUUGAGACAACUAUCGAAUUAGUUGCUCCUGGGAUGCUGCUGGAAAGGCACUGGCUAAGUCCUAGUCAGCUUCGUGAAUAUGAUGAAGUUGUACAUUCUUGGGAGCCCGCGCCGAUUAUAUCGGCGCUGGUAGACAAAAGUCUUGACGAAGCAAGUCUUAAAAAUCCUUUGAAUGGUCAAGAAGAAACUGUAUGGGAUAUAGUAGGUUGCGGAUUACCUUUAAUGGAAAAUUGUCUUCCUGGACCAAAACAACCCAUAAAGCACAUCAAACCUGCCAUACAAAGAAGACUAGCGCAGAUGCUCGACCCUCCUGAUCGGCAUGGAAGAGAUUGGUGUUUACUUGCCGUAAGACUUGGUUUGGGAGAUCGAGUCGCACAGCUAGAUAGUACAGUAGACAGUCCAACGUUGAGAUUAUUGAAUACUGCAGGCGCUGAUUGUGCUGUCGGUUCUCUAAUACAACAGUUGCGAGCUCUGGAUAGAGAGGAUGCUGUACACCUGUUGCUCUCUUAUACACCAACGUAUAUUCUAUCAACGACAAUUGAUUCCGAAACGGGAUCUAAUCUUUCUAGAUGACAAUGCUGCGUUUAUCAAUGGUGCAUUAAUACUUUCUGAAAGAUUGAUUUCCAAAGAGACUUUGUUUCCAUGCCGUGGGUUUGACAGACUUAUUACAACACCGCUUCCGCCCAACGUAAAUUUUGCAUUGCUCUUUAAUCUAAGUACGUACAUUAUAAUACAUCGUCUGUAUACUUCUGUAGAGGUAUAUCAAAAUGCACAUGCACCAAUGUGUACUUUUAUAUCAACUUAUUACCAAGCACUUUAAGCGGCACAAAAUUCAUUUUUAUAUGUACAUAUACAUAUACAAUCAUAAGUUAAAAAGUUGCAUAACUUGCGUCAGUUUGUGUAUUUUCUCUUACGAGCUCUUAUAACAUAAAUAUAUCAUAAUUUAAGCAUCCUUGUUAGCAUAACGAAAUAUUUAUAAUUAUUUGUUUUCGUUAGGUUUGAGAAUAUUUACUUAAGAGGAUCUAUAUAAACAAAGUUUUAAUUUCUAAUAUUUAGAAUUUUUUUGCAUUAUGAAAUAUUCGUAAGCGUUUGUAUUGUGAUAUUAUAUUGUAUGAUUACCUAGAUCCCUGAUCAUUUUUUUAAUGAAUUUGUAUUAGAGGAAUAAUUCUAAAUAAUGUGUAUGCACAUGCGUGGCCCACAAAAUAAUGCAUUUACACACUAUAUAACACGAUACUAUCGUAUUUGAUACUAAUAUUGUUUUGAAGGCUUUUCUUGAUAUGCAUAUAUAUUGUAUCUUGCCAAAACUCAGUGUCAAUACGCGCUGCUUUUUGACUUCUAUGAUAUUUAGAAACUACGCGAAAAGAGAGCGGAAACCAUUCGCACAAUUCUUUGCUUUUUUGGUACAACUAUUUAUGAAGCUCCAUUUCUAAAUGGAUAUUUUUUACGAAAUCGACAUUCCUGAAGUACGUAUUACGUGCCAUAAAUAAUAUUUGCUCAUCAUAACUAUUAAAAGGUAUUAAAUUUUUUUUUAAGUUCUCUAAAUUGGUUCUGUAAUUAUCUGUACAGCAUUUGUCAACAAAUUGAGCUUAGAAUAUGAAGAAGGAUCACUUCUUCCAAGUAUUGCAUUAUAGAUGAUACAUUUGAUUUAAGAUUGUUCAUGUUUUGUAGGCACAAGGGUAUUAAACGAGAUAUACUAUUUAUGUGCAAUGCGCAUGGGUAUAUAUAUCAUAAGAACGAGUAAAAUUUGUUGUUCACGGAAGACCUAUUCUUUGAACAUAUCUAGUGUGCAUUAAUUUGGUUCGGUGAAUAUCACUCUAGUAUUCCGCGUUAAGUAAAUUUACAUUCUUACUUUACAUAACACCAUGUUUUACAUACGUUUUGAAAAUGUAAUAAUAUUUGUCUAUAUUAAAGAUGAAGACGCCAAGAGUCUUUGGUUAGGAUAUAUCUUUAGAAUAAUUAGUUAUAAUUCUGUUCUGAAAAGUGUAUCUAAAGUAGUUCUGUUACUUAUGUGUUCCACGUAUUUCUUAUAAAAUGAAGGUUCAAUAUAAUGCCGUAUAAUUAUACAAACUGGAAUUAUAAAAUUCAUAAGUACUGAAUUAUCCUCUGAUAUUUGUACUCUGAAGCUUGUGUUUUCACGCGCUGUGUUCAUCUUACAUUUACACGUUGAUGUCUAAAAUACAAAUGUUUCUAAUACUAUAUAUUUUGGUGAGACAUUGUUUUCGUAUUGUAUACGUUCAAUUGCGAAACUAGAAGUUUAAAUUGCCCGGUAUUAUUAGUCGAUUAUACGACGUAUUGGAAUCCCAUUUCGAAGAUUAGCUUUACGACAAACAUUACUUACUUUAUCGAUAUGUACGAUUUGUCCUCUAUGCGCUUUAGCAUUCGUUUUGCAACUUUUGCUUGGUACUAGAUGUUAGUUGAACAGUCAUUGUUAAGGUGAAAUUUAACGAGAGGAAAAUAUGCGCAACAAGGACAUUUUGCAGAAUAAGAAAUUGUAAAACUACGUGUAACUGUUAUUUAUUAUGCCGUGUACAAAUAGGCGUAUAGACUUUCUGAUUCUGUUAUGAUCAAUGGUAUUUACAUUUUUCUAUUUUUUAUAACGAUAAGAAUGUCGAUGUCAACAUGGAUCGCUUUUUUCGAAACUGAGCUUGUAUAUUCGCUUGAAAGUCUUUAAUCCUAUGCAAAUUAUGAAAAUGUAUGGUUCGGCAAAAUGUAUUAUUAGAAAAUUGUAUUCUUGAAAUUGCAAUCAAAAUUGACUAACUAUAGCGUUGGUAUUCCACGAAUGUUCCUGAACUUCAAGAACGUUCUACGAAUUAAUGUAAUAUCGAAUUGUCCUGUAAAUUUCUACAAUGUAUUGUAGAUUACAUGAAAACACAUGUUUUCAUAUUAAACAGUGUAAAUUGUAAAAAAAUUACAUAGAAUUUUGUUACUUUUGUUUGUUAUGUAAACUUUCAUAAAAAUAUUCAAUUUGUUUAUAACCACACCGUAUGAAAAAUACAGUAACAUUCUUUCAUUGUGUCAAUAAAACCGUGGUGCUCCGUAAGAAAACUCUAAUUCAUUGCAUAAUUACUCAUGUAUAUUUAUCGUAUUAUUGUAUUAUUUAUCAAUAUAUUACGUUUAAUUAUUA